UCAUGUUUGAAUAAAUAUUUUACGAGAGAGGUGUCCCCUAAAGCAAGGCAGAUAGAAUUAUAACAAGUUUUGUAAUAACAUCAUCUAAGUUUAUUGCUACUUGCUCGCUCCAAUGACAUACCUCAAAUCAGAAUCCAAAAUUCUUAUUGGCUUUUAUACUCUUGUGCUCUUCUUCAUGACCUCUGUCCUUUCUGAUGAAGAAGGUGCAUACAUGUUGAAGCUUAUGAAUGCACUCAAACCCCCUGGCUGGUCCAACACCACCCACAUGUGCCAGUGGACUGGCGUGAGUUGCAACAAUCAAAGUAGAAGGAUUGAAGAGAUCUUUCUCAAAGAAAUGUCACUGACGGGAACAGUUCCUGCAGGCCUCAACGACUCCCUCUCCCAACUCACAUACCUCUAUCUCUCCUACAAUAACCUGAGUGGGCCUGUUCCCUCUCUCGCCAACCUCUCUUUCCUCCAAGUAGCGUACCUCGACAACAACAACUUCACCACCAUCCCUCAUGGUUGCUUCCAUGGUCUUACUACUUUGCACUCCUUGCUCCUGAAUAACAACACCAACCUCCCACCAUGGAACUUUCCAACGGAUUUGACUGCUCACUCCUCUCAACUCCAUGUCCUCGACCUCUCUUCUACAAAUCUCAUGGGAUCCGUACCCAACAUAUCCCAUUCCUUCGCAACUCUGCGAUAUCUUUCUCUCUCUAACAACAACCUCUCCUCCAUCCCUGAGGAUUGCUUCCACAACCUAACCAGUUUGGAUGUCCUCUCUUUGGCCAACAACACCAACCUCGCACCAUGGACCUUCCCCCUCGAUUUGAUUCAUUCCUCAUUCAAACUCUCCUACCUCGACCUCGAGGUUACAAAUCUCAUGGGAUCCCUACCAAACUUAUCUCAUUUCUUCCCCGACUUGAAUACCAUUUCUCUCUCCAACAACAACCUUACCUUCAUCCCCCAAGGUUGCUUCCAGGCUCUACCCUAUUUGGGGCUGCUGAAGUUGGGAAACAACACGAACCUCACACCAUGGACCUUCCCCGACUUGAUUCAGUCCACAAAAAUAGAAGAGCUCAAUCUUGUUGCUACAAAUGUCAUGGGCUCUCUACCAGAAAUAUUUGACUCCUUGACAAGUUUGGAGACUCUUCUUCUCUCCAACAACAGCCUCACUGGUGUCUUGCCUGAGUCUUUUGGAAGGUCCAAGAUUACCACAUUGCACCUCAACGACCAGAAGGGCAAAGGAUUUUCAGGUACAAUGGAUGUUGUUUCAAAUAUGAUCGAUUUGUCUGAGGCGUGGCUUCAGGGGAACUCCUUUGAUGGAUAUAUCCCUGACAUGUCUCGUUGUACCGCCUUACAAGAUUUACGACUUGCGCACAAUCGAUUUACAGGUGUGGUUCCAGAUUCUCUGAUAAAUCUCAGUCGCAGGAACCUGCAAACUGUUACUUUGAACAACAACUUUUUUCAGGGUCCUAUGCCUAACAUUUUAGGAGAUUCUGACACUACGAAUCUUGGAGAUAACACCACCAAUGCCUUUUGUCGAGACGACUAUGAUCCUUGUGACCAGAGAGUUACCAUUUUGCUUGAAAUUGCAUCUGCAUUUGGAUAUCCUUAUUUGUUGGCCCGUUCAUGGCGAGGAAAUAAUCCAUGUCAUAAUUGGAGUUUUGUUGCAUGUACUGGGGGUCUGAUCACAACCGUGAAUUUGACAAGGCAGAACUUGACAGGAACUAUCUCAGAUGCAUUUGGUAAAUUAACUCAUUUGGAAAACUUGUAUCUAAGUGGUAACAAUUUAAGCGGUUCAAUACCUGAAAACUUGACAUCUCUUCAUCAACUCAACAAUCUCGAUGUCUCCAACAACAACUUAUCAGGAAAAAUUCCCAAUUUCUCACGUGGAGUAUACCUGAAUACUGAAGGUAACCCUUCGUUUGAGAGAAGAAAACCUUUGGGCAAGAGAAGAAAGCCACCUGCUUGGAUCAAAGGCGCAAUAGUAGCAGCAGCAGGUAUUGGAGGUCUUGUUUUCUUGGUUGUAGUUAUUUGUAACCGAAAGAGGUGUCUUAGCUUGUUACAAAGGAUUUUGUGGAAGAAAACAGGACCAUUUAUUGAUAAUGAAUUUGAAGAAUUUAUGAAAACUUAUGGAUCUUUGAUGUUAAGGAGAUAUAAUUAUUCUGAAGUGAAAAGCAUGACAAACUCAUUUCGUGAUAAAUUAGGAAGGGGAGGAUAUGGCAUUGUAUACAAAGCAUGCUUAAGUGAUGGUUGUCCGGUAGCAGUGAAGGUGUUGACCGAAUCUAGCGGAAGUGGGGAGGAAUUCCUAAAUGAGGUAGCUAGUAUUGGUAGAACUUCUCAUAUGAACAUUGUCUCGCUGUUGGGAUUUUGCUAUGAAAAAUAUAAAAGGGCACUCAUCUAUGAAUUCAUGCCAAAUGGUUCUUUGGAUAAGUUUAUCUACAAACAAGAAUCUCCCAAUGCUAUUUGUAAUUUGGAUUGGAAUACAUUGUUUCAAAUUACAAUUGGUAUUGCGCGAGGAUUAGAAUAUUUGCACCGAGGAUGUGCGGCAAGAAUUUUGCAUCUUGAUAUUAAACCUCAAAAUAUUCUGUUAGAUGAAGAUUUUUGUCCAAAAAUUGCUGAUUUUGGAUUGGCAAAAAUAUGCAAAAAGAAAGAGAGUAUUGUAUCUUUACAAGGUACAAGAGGAACUCCUGGAUACAUUGCACCAGAAGUAUUUAGCCGAACUUUUGGUAAAGUUUCUCACAAAUCUGAUGUGUAUAGUUAUGGAAUGUUGAUUCUUGAAUUGGUGGGAGGUAGAAAGAACUACGACACUGGCGGAUCACUUACCAGUGAAAUGUACUUUCCAGAUUGGAUUUAUAAGGAUCUUGAGGAGCAAAAUAUCCUUGGACGGGGUUUGUCCACUACAGAAGAAGAAAGUGAUAUGAUAAAGAAAAUUACUUUGGUGAGUUUAUGGUGCAUUCAAACAAAUCCAUUGGAUAGACCAGCAAUAAACAAAGUAGUAGAAAUGUUAGAAGGACCACUUCAGUCAGUGCCAUAUCCUCCAAAACCUGUCUUAUAUUCUCCUCAAAUGUCUAUCUCACAAUUUUCACAAAUCUCCUAUAACAGUACAGAUGAGGAGGAUUCUGAGAUUGUUGAGGAGACUAUUUCCAUCAAUAAAAUGAGUUCAAAAUUUGCAAAGUAAAUGUAAUAAGUGAAGAGAAUCACAAAUUCAUUUUGUGAUCAAUUAGGCAAGGAAGGAUACGGUGUCGUGUAUGAAGGGAAGUUAGCUGAUGGUUCUCUUGUUG